UAAAUUCUAGUAAACAAUCAAAAAUUUGUCAUUUAAUUUGUUAUUCACUAAAAAUAUUUUACGAAAAACAUAAAAUUAUGAAUAGUGCGCCAAAUAAAAGCUAAUAUUUUCACAUUUAUGUACUCGUGAAUAAAGAAAAAAAAAAAAGUGUUUUGAAAAAAUUCAUCAAUUGAUGUUGAUGACGCCCACGUCAAAUAGUAAAUCCAUAUACUAGAUGUAUGAAAUAGAAUAGAGGAUACAAGUGUACUCGCAUCAAUGACGGGCAGUUUCAAAGUACAGCUCAUCAACAUGGGCACGAGAGCUGCGGCCUUUCAGGCUAAGCUCAGAUGUCUUCAUGAGUAUCAUGUUCGAUUGCUACACAAUGUAUUGCCAGCACCAUCGGGAGUGGAUAUUGCAAAUACUAUCAAGUAUUUUUCACAAACUUUACUAACUGUUUUAAAAGAUGUCCGCACAUCACCUCAUCAACUUAUAAAUGACCCACUAGAAGACCCCACACGAAUGUCAGCUUAUCCGAAUCUCGAGUAUGGUAAUCUGUACAAUGCCCUUACAAUGCUACUAGAUGUCGCUCCAUGCAUUCAAUAUGGACAAAUAAUCUUUGGAAAAGCCCUUCUGCAAUGUCUUUGCUGUAUUUUACCCUUUUUGGAUAAGGAUCUGAUUGAUAAUCUCCCCUACCUGGCGAGUUCAACAAUUUCAGUGUUACCACCGGCUCUACAUCAGGACAUCGUUAAUGCUCUAUGUUAUUACAUUCUUCCAUUUACUAUAACUCGUAAGAGUCCAGAAGAACAGGAAUGCCAAGCAUGUCAAUCAGUGUCGUCAGUGAUAAUGAUGAUUCUGCAGUAUUCUCAGAAUCCAGCACAUCAUUGUCAGCUUCUCGAAUGUUUGAUGACUUUGAAACAUAACGUGGUCAAGGAUAUUCUCUGUGUGAUUGCUUAUGGAACAUCUGUUUCCAGAUCAUCGGCUGCUAAGCUUUUGUUUUAUUACUGGCCAGCUUUUGAUCCGAUUUUGUUUGAUAAAAAAGUACUACUAUCCAAAAUGACAAAUGAUCUUGUACCAUUUGUUUGUCAGCGAGAACAAUGUCCAAAUGCUGGCAAUGCCGAAGCGGCCAAAGUAUGUUAUGAUCAUGGCAUCAGUAUAACUUACGCUCCAGAUUGCGCCCCACCAUUAUAUCUCUGUAUUGAAUGUGCCAACGAAAUUCAUCGGGAACAUGCUAAUUUGACAUUUGGUGACAUUUUGCAUCCCAUGCAACAAGUGUCUAUGGUCUGUGAGAAUAAAAAUUGCCGAUCGACAGAAAAGGCAGCCUUUUCAAUUUGCUUUUCCACCGAGUGUGCCAGUUACAAUGGCAAUCAUCCAAUUCGUUAUUGUGCUCAAUGUCAUGGAAAUCGUCAUAACACACGACGAGGUGGAGAUCAUGUUGUUCAUCGAAGUUUGCCAACAGCAUGGCAAAUGGAUGCGGAAAUGCAAAUGCAUAUGGUCGAAUCAGUUAUAAGUCUUUUAAGAGAAGCUAAACCUUUGAACUUUGAACCUGGCCGCGAUGGAUCUUCUUCGACGUCGUCGUCGACUGAGGGAAAGAAAAUGGGAAAUGGUCAACAGGAUAAUAUAUCAUUGGAAGAACGUCAAAUGUUGGGACGUUAUGGGAUUUGGCUUUUAGUUGGACGAUGUACACCAACAGCUGAGACUCCAGUGGAAAUUUUGGGAAGAAUUUUAAGUAUGCUGUUUCAUUGGUUUCAUAUAACAGCUUAUUCGUAUGAUGCUGCCGGACAGGUGGAGAGUACUAUCGAAACUUUAAAAGUCAAACAUGUUUGCGAAUGGCUGAAAGAAAUUUGCCGAAUUCAUUACAGUGUUUUCAUAUCCUGUCUGCUACCCCAUCCACCGGAAUAUGCCAGAGUUGGAGGUCACUGGGAGACAUUAGCAUCCCGUACUAGCCAUUUAAAAGAAGGUCUUCAACGUCUCAUAUGUCUAGUUCCAUACGAGGUUAUAACCUCUGAAAUUUGGGACUAUGUAAUGCCCCAUUGGAUGGAAGCAAUUACAAAUGACGUUGCUGAAAAAGAAUUACAAGAAUUAAAAAUCGUUCUCAGUAAAAUUCUAGAUCCCGAAAUGUCACCACUUGGAUUCGAUGCAAAGACAAUGUAUAAUUUUGUAGCUAUCAGAUUUGAGAAAACUACUGCAAAAGUUCAACAACAAGCUUUACAUUGGUUACAAAUUUUGACAAAGCUUGAAAUAUUGAUACCUCUGGUACAAUUAUUUGCAAUGUUUGGUGAUGGUGUGCGAAUUAUGAAAUACGGUGUGCAACAUGAAAUUUUAAAAGAAAAAGAAGUCAAAGGACAGAAACCACAGCUUAAAGGUGAUAAAGACUUGCCAAUUCCACCAAGAAGGAGUUCAAUUUCUCCUGUGGUUGAAGAUGAUUCAGGGAAUACAUCAGCUAUUUCGGACGAUGAAGCUCCAACAAAUCGUCACACAGAAUUCUCUACCGAUGCUGAACACAAUUUAACUUGUUGCAUUCUAAUGUUGGAUAUACUUUUAAAACAAAUGGAAUUACAGGAUGUUGAGCAACAUACUGGCAUCCAUACAACCGUUUGUGAAAAUACUUCAAAGCUAUUGAAAUGCAUGGUUACAGCGGCGCGUGUUGGUUUAAGCAGUCAUAUUUGUUCGUUAAAGGCUGCUGAAUGUGCCUAUUGUGAAGCAUCUAUAAUGUGGCACCAGUUAUCAACAAAACUUGUACAAUUUAUGGCACCGCUCAAUCCUGUUCGUCCACCAGAUCCUCCAAUAGAAGAAGUUGUCGAAGAAGAAAAAUCAUCCCGCAAGAGUCCACCGGAAACUGACAAGGAAAAAUCACGAGAUCGUGAUGUAUCUCUAUCAAUGGCUCCACUUCCAAUUCCACUUGGUCCCUUAGGAGGAUUCGCAGAUUUGUUUUUAAAAGAUCCGGAUGAGAACUCUGAGUAUAACUUAAGUCCAGUUCCUGUUGCUGUAUCACAACCUGAACCACAUUCAGUAGGUGGAGUUCUGGUUCAUAUGCCUCAUGUUUGUUCGAGCAACGAUCGUGCCUGUUCUGAAAAUAUUGAAUUGCAAAGAAAUGUUCACGCCACAGACGAGAUAAUGACGGCAACGGUUGAGACCGUCUCCGAGCAAUUGGAUCUGGCCGCCAUAAUGCCAUCAGAAAAAGUCGUUACAGCGGUUGCAAGAUCAGUGACAUUGUCAGAUGCCGAUGUCGCAACAGCUACUGUUCAGGUGGCAAAAGCAGCAAUUGUAGGCAGCAGCGAAGAUGUCGAUCUAAAUGGCAGUGUCACAGAUGAAAAUGGCGAUGACAUCGAGGAUGGUGAUGAUUUUUGGCACACCUCGGUUGGGAAAUUUAAAUUUUCCUUAGACUCGCUGCCACAAACAUUACAAUAUAUUCAUCAGCUUCUGACGGAAAUCCCGCUGAUCAAAAAGCCGGAACUCCUUUAUUAUAUUUUGCAAUGUCUAAACGUGAUGUCCCUACAUGGAGAUGCAUUGGCGAAAUCUGCUCGAGAGCAUAGAGGAUUUUUUAUUUGGUGUCAGGAGAAUUUACUCAUUAAAAAUUUAUGGGAGCUUUGUAAUGCCGAACACUCACAUAUUUGCCAGGCAAGUGUACCCCUUUUACUACACUGCAUUACUCUUCCUCUUGGAUCUGACGUUUUCUGGCGGGUGGUUCAAGAAGCUUUCCACGACACCGACUGGCGAAUUCGAUUUACUGCUGUUGAACGUGUUACGGUUAUUACUCGUUUCAUGGAUUCAACACCUCUAAGGUCUGAAGUAGGCUUACAAACAGCAAUGGCAACUGCAUUUUGUCAUCUCAUAGCCAGUAUGGAUGAUAUCAACGUUUAUGUGGCUCAACGUUCAACACUUUACAUUGGUACAAUUCACGAUACUGCUAUUCGCUCUUUGCUAUUCUGCUUGGAAUCACAAUUCGAUUUGUUCAUAGUCGAUAGACCAGUUGUAUUACAAUCGUUAUACCAACUACAUAACUCACUCUCUGACCGUAGAGUUCUAACGUGGGAAUUCUUUCUCAAUCGUUUUGACACUUUGUUUGUUGAGGCUCAAAUCAGUUUGGAAAAAUCAGGAGACAUUUCAUAUCUUCGUGACUUGAGAAAUUCAGAAAACGGAAGUGAAAUUCUGUCCACGAAAAUUCUCAAAGCUAGAGAAGCUCUUAGCCAAUCUGACACAAGUGGCAGCAUGGCAAAAACCUUGAGUGCAUCAUUUGGAACGAAAUGGCCAUACAAAAGGACAAUGUCUGCACCCGCAAGUAUGGUACCGCGACAGGAUUCAAAAUUCAAUUGUAAGACCGAAAAGGAAAAGAUAUAUAGCCGACAAAUCUCAGCACCAAUACUCAAACGGAAGACAUCUCGAUUUGGAUUGGAAGGACACAUUCAUUCAAUAGGAGGGCUAGGUGAUGACAAUUUACCCGGGCUUAUAAAUCGGAUAACCGAACUUGAAGAAUCCGACAAAGAAACAAUACAUUUGCUUGUUUUUCUUCUAAUGCAAUUCAUGUCUCGCACUGACCAGGCAUUCCCCUCCGAAGACAAACCCAUGACAAAAACUCAAAAUAUUGUUUUGAAGCAUCUAUUUCUACUUUUAGGGCAUAAUCAGAUAGAUAAAACAUUCCAUACAACACCCGGGAAUCUAAGGUCAUCAGCCGUUUUUAAUGCUUUUUUGGCAAAUUUGCCCCAAGUUCUGGAUCAAAAUCACCUUAUUGGAGGUCUAAUUCUAUCUUCAGUGAUGCAGGUUAUUUUAUUUGCCCCAAAUCCAUCUAAUGUUGGAAUAGAUUGCUAUCAAAAUCUCAUCUUUAACUACUCCUUGUGGUAUUUGGAACCACAUUCACGUCGCAACUGGCUAAUGACUAUACUCGUGGUGUUAUACAAAUAUAGUUAUACACAGCCACCUUAUAGUGGUUAUAUAAAUAAUGCCAUGCGCAUUGUUAUCAAUAGUUUAAAGGCUCAAUUCCAUCAGUGUAAGAGAAUACCAACAACAACAAUUUUGGACAUUCAUCCACCAUCGCGGUCAAGAGAUGCCAGUCAACCUUCACUAGGAACAGACCCCGAUGAGAAAGACCACCAAAGUCCACCACCAAGCCCAAUGUUUCCCUCGGAGGGCACAAGUGUGGCUUCCAAGGGAAAAGGACAAAACGUCGGUUUCUCACAGAAAUCAGCACAGCACACUUUUAGAAAAUAUCCAGACUCUAGUUUGGAAGCUGACGACACUGAAUCAGAGCUGGUGGCAAUUCCGGAAAGUGAUUUUUCUGACAGCACUCUUCAUGGAUCCAGUGCACCGGGAUCUUUUGACGAUACAAAUCAUUAUGAAGAUCCAACAGGAUCUGGAAAUAAAUUUGACGGGCUAAGGCAUCGUGCUAUUCGUACCACAGACUUUAUAGAAGAGAAAAAAGAAACUUCAACCACAUCCAAACUUAUUCGCUCAUCAAGAAGUGGUGAAACCUUAACCAGAUCCAAGACCAUUGAAACCACAACUGUAGUUACUCAAUCAAAAUGCAGCCUCCAAGAAGGUGUCCGAAUGAUUGUUACCCCAUUGGUUGGAUCAGAGACCCAGGAGACGGCUGUUCUUAGUCCUCCGGUCGAUGUUCAACGUGCCAUCAUUGUUACUCAAAGCACACAACCAGUUCGAGUCAAGUCUUCUGAUAUGUCUCACACAUCUAAGAUGUUUGCAUCAAUUGCUUCUAAUCAUUUAAAAGCUAUGGGAGUUAUACAGGGUAUUGAUACAAAGAGUGCAACCACGCCAGUUGCAUCUUCUUCAAAGCCUACCCAAGAAGUUUCUCCGAUGAUAGCAGCUGUAAAGCCUACAACACAAGUCUCAAGUGGAAGCCGUUCAUCGAAUGGCAGUAUAAACAGUAUUGACAAGAAGACUCUAGCAAAAACUCUUGGUAGACACAAGACUAUUGUUGAGACCUCUACAGUUACUAGUACUUCUUCUUCAUCACCGGGCACUGAAGACUCGCGUCAUAGUGGCUCUAAGCCAGGUACAAAUGGUAGUAAUAAUAAUGGUAAACCAACGAUUCACAGGUUAGAAAAGAAAAACUAUGGAUCUCCAGACUCACCACUCUCAAAAAUGAGUGUAAUGCCAAAUCCCAGUGAAUCAGAAACCGAAAUCUCUUCUUUGCCAGCACCAAAAAAGAUAACCCAACUUGAAAUUCCAACUCCGGAGAGACUUUUGCCUAUUGGACCUCAAGAAGGUGUUCCCGCUUUGGUCGAUCGGAUUCGUGAAGGCUUAAAGUUGCCCGAUAUAAGUCACCUUAAGCAAGAUAGUCUUGAUGUUUCGGAAAGCACUAAAGAUGAUAUUACACCAAGUAGUCGUGGAACUUCACCCAGGCGGCUAAUUAAACAAGUUGCUAUGGACUCCCCGCAGGAUCUGCAUGCUUCCAUACUGAAGGCAGUCUCUCAUGAUCCUGUUUCAGGAAAACAACAACCAAAAGAUCGUGGAGCCCAAAGAGGACGAGGUCCAAGAAAAGUUCCAUUUGUCGUCGAUACUCAUGCUGUUUCCGAUAUAAGGUCGAAAUAUGCAGGUUAUUGGCCCCCUCCCAGCCAAAAAGAUGAGUCAGAUAUGGAUGAUGAAGGUGCAACUAAUGGAAGUCAAUCGGAUCAUAAACCGAGUCAAUCAAGAGUAGGUGAUUACUGUGUAUGUGAAAGAUGCGGUGAGUGCGGAGCAAUGCUGGAGGAAUAUAAUGACGAAGAAGUCGGAAUACUUAUUAUUAUUCUGGGAACUUUUAUUCAUCGGGAACCUGCGAUGGCAGCACCAUUUCUACCUGAAAUUUUAACAAUUGUUUCCAAGUUUGCGAUGCAUUCAACGUUUCCAUGGCAGUACGCAAGUGCUACACAUUUGCCCGGUGGAUCUCAGUCGGUUGCUCAUCAAUUUAUUCGCUGUGUUCUGCAUCAACUGGCGCCCAAUGGAAUUUUCUUACAACUUUUCCAAACUCAAGUUAAAAAGGAAACUCGUCGAAAGUCUUUCAAUAGCAUUGCCAAGGCUCUUUUAGACUUUCAAGAACUCAACCCAACCAGUCCAAUUUAUCUGGUUUGUGAGUCAUUGUUGCAGAAAAAGACUCUUCCCUUGGAGCAUCUAUCAGUUAUUCUCCGCAAUAUGUCUGAAUAUCUUCAAUGUAUUCCAGCUGACAGUGGUUUGGGAGCUGCAUCAUGGGCUCAAGCCAUGCAAUCUCUAGAAUCACUUUUCCGUCAAGUAGUUUUAAUUCUACCUAGCAUUGACAGUCCGGAAUACCUACUCGAUAUUAUUGUUGCCACAUUGAAAAUAUCCCCACCAAAGGCUCUUCUAGAGCCAUUUUCGAAAGCUCUCGGCUACUGCGUUCAGAGCAUCAACUUGCGCCACAGUACCAUCUAUGAUCUUUGCACACUUAGCAAUCGAUCCUUUUCCAAGGAUCGAGACAAGAUGCUGCUUUGUCGCCAGUUGAUCUUUGAAUUCGUUCAGGCGUUGAAAUUCAAAAUAAACAUUCCCGAUCAUAAUCUACUUUUGAUUAUUGGUUUUGCUCUUCAAGAUGCUGGUGGGGCAUUGCCACCGGGCACGAUAGCUGGUCUACCAGAUUUGCCACCACAAUAUCCAACAAAUGCUGCAGAUUGUUUGCGGCAAUACAUGAAUGAUGUAUUGGAUUUUUUGGCUGAUUUUCAUACUCUUAGCAAAAUUAAGAACUUCAAGAAUGGUCAGAUACAAAACGGUUUGGGAGAGGACACUUUGGGUGGUGUACUGAAAGGAGCUGUUGCACAGUAUUUAGCUUUGGAGAUGUCUCGUGGAAAUUCGAGAGACAAUAAGGCUGUGGGAAGGUAUUUGCCAUGGCUUUAUAAUGCUCCAUCAUCUCUUCAACAAGGUCCCAAGGAAUUCACUGAAUGCGUCGGUCACAUGAGACUGCUUUCCUGGUUGCUACUAGGUUCAUUGACACAUUCCGCCUUGGCACAGAGAAAGUGCGGGGUUAUUGGACAGCAUGGAGCAGCAGUUCAUCAUUUCCAAAUGCAACAUCCUGGUCAGGCAAUGACUCAACCUGUUCCUCAGGAAGCCAGUUGUCACAUUGCAGAUCAUAUUCAAGUGAUUUUCGCAGGAUUCGCCGAACAGUCAAAAACUUCGGUUUUGCACAUGUCUUCAUUAUUCCAUGCAUUUACUUUGUGCCAACUAUGGACAAUUUACUUGGAACAAGCAGCUUUCAGUUCACCUAACAAUCCAGAAGCGCAUAACAUCACCAUGGGGAUUUUGUUUGAAUUUUGGGCAAAAGUCACACCAUGUAUUCUGCAAUUGGUGGCAAAUUCGAAGGCAGCUAAGGAAAGUGUGGAUUUCCAGAGUUCGAAUUCGAAGCUUUCUGAAAUGGUUAAUCUUCAUUUCUUAAGUUUACUGGAAGCACUCAAGGAAACGCAUUCCACAGUACUUGGAAAACUUUUGCCUCUUUGGAGUCCUGUUUUAUCCUCUCAAACUCAACUAUCAGAUACACUUCAUGUUCGAUUACAAAAUGUUCGCGACUAUGCCCCUGACUAUGAGGAACAACAUACCCACCAUUCUGAUGCCCUACUUAAAUGGUUACAAAGGCUUCAGUUUAAAAUGGGUCAAAUUGAAUUGCAAUCUUCUACAGCUACACAAUUUUAUUCAAUUUAAAUCUAAACAAGAAAUAGUAUCUUCUUAAAAUUUAAGUGUUUCA